UCAGUCAGUCCAGUCAGUUUUAUGUCAUCUUAUUUGAAAAAGUUCAAUCGCGUUUUGUGAUUGUGUACGAGGUUUAUAGAUGGGGACGGUCUUUCUGUGGCAUGGGAACAAAUAUUGAAUGCGCUUUGACACAUUCUUCUUCGUGGAUGUCUUUCUGAAAUUUCAUUUAGUAGUUGCCGCUAGUUUUUGAACGAGGAAAAGUGUAAAAAUGCCGCGCGGUAAAAAACUACGGAUAAACGACGACAUGAGCUGGAUGGAUAGGGUGGUACUAUUCCUUGGUGAGGUAGGUGGUACGGCCGUUCUCAUGUUCCUCGGUUGUAUGGGCUGUGUGGGCGCGAUUACGUCAAACGGUGUCAUCUCUGACGAGCAAAUGUCUUGGGCUUUUGGUUUCGCUGUGCUGAUCGCUAUUCAAAUAUUUGGACACAUAUCAGGAGCUCAUAUCAGCCCAGUAGUAACACUAGCGGCCUUCGUAUUAGGUAAUGUCUCGCUCAUGCAGCUUCCCAUAUACUUCCUUGGACAACUAUUUGGAGCUCUCACGGGAUUUGGAUUGCUAAUGGUUGUUACACCUUCGAAUUACAUCAAAAAUCGUACUAGUACGGCUAAGGUUCCCGGAGUAUGUUCCCCCGCGAUUAACCCAAAAAUAUCCCGCUUCCAAGCAUUCCUGGUUGAAUUUAUCAUCACAGCAAUCUUGUCGUGGGUAUGUUGCGCCAUCUGGGACCCAAGAAACAGCAACAAGCUCGACUCGCUGACUAUACGGUUUGGGUUUACCAUUGCUGUCUUAGCAAUGACAGCUGGUCCAUACACUGGUGCCCAUAUGAAUCCCGCCAGAAGUCUGGCUCCAGCAUUGUUCAAUGGAGACUGGGAUGAUCACUAGCUUUAUUGGUUGGCACCUUUCCUCGGUAGUUUCGUAGCCGCCUUGAUCUACAAGUUUCUUUUCAGCAAAGAUCCACCAGCCAGAGAAGAACCGGAAGCUCCACCUUUAAAUGAACGUAACAAGGCUUAAAAACUUAAUUCUUUAUUUUUACAAAUCAGAUUUAGAAGUAUACGUAUAUUUUUUUAAUAAAAU